AUGAAGGCCAUCAAAAUGCUUCUCCUCCUGGCCGGCAUCUUUCUGAUGAUGCUUGGCGUCCAGUACGACGAGCGCGAGGGCGAGCGUCGCGACCAGCUCCCUCUUGGCUGGUUCGGUGGCGUUUUCUUCCGCGGCGUCGCUGCUCAAGAUAUUGGUACCCGUUACGAUCGCUGCUUCGCUGCCCCCGAUACUGCUUCCAUUACCCAGACUUCUGUCAAUCACACCCAGGCGGACGACUACUUCAAGACGGCCGGUGACAAUAUCUACGCUGUCCCCGGCUCCCUUGACUUCUGCCCUAUCGACUCCUUCGACGAAUUCAAGCACAUCAUCGAGGACAAGCUUUCCGGUAUCAAGGAGGGCGUUGAGCAUGAUAUCGAGGCCAUUGAGUCCGCCGCCAGCAAGAUCAUCGACCACGCUUACAGCUUCCGCAAGAGUGUACUCGCCUACCUCGUUCGCAUUGUCACCUUCGGUCUCUACUCUGUCGAGGAACUUGAGGCCAUCGUCACCGCCGAUCCUUGCGAAACCCACCAUGAUGACGACCCUGACUUCGUCCCCAUUAUCGAAGCUCUGGGAGACUUCAUCGUUGAAUACGUCAUCGAGCUCAAGACUGGAAUCCACAACUCCUUUGCGUCCCUCCACUACUGGGUUAUCACUCAGUCCACCGACUUCAUCUAUCUGUCCUUCAUGAGCGCUGGCUUGACUGUCAUGGCGGCUCCCGGCCUCGUGUCUGGACCUGUCUUGGGUGUCAUCGCCUGGGGCAUGCCUAAGUUCGUUAGUGAGUGGCUUACUGCCAUGAUCAUGCACAUGUUCGACGAAGAGGUCGCCGUCGGUAUCAUCCGCCUCUGCGAGAGCGCCAUGACUGGUGGCCCGGGUCUCGAAGCCUUCAACUACCUGAUCAAGACCAGUGGCCUCGCCGCUGUUCUCCUCGCGUUCGCCGGUCUUGUGGCCGACUUGACCAACAAGUAG